AUGUCAAGGAAGCGUUCUAAGCCACAGACAGACAACGACAUCAACGGCGCUAAGCUUGCAAGAGGCUCCCCUACCCCUGUACUCGUCACCAGCAGCCCUUACUUCAGCAGGGGCGAGGUAGCAGGGGGAAGCCACGGAGAGGAACGGAGAGCAGGGACACUGAGGAGUCGUUUUUUUGACCAGGAGUGUGUCGAGUUGGCCAGGGCUCUGCUGGGCAAGGUGUUGGUGCGGGUGGUGGAGGGCCAGAGGGUGUCGGCGAGGGUAGUGGAGACAGAGGGGUAUCUCGGAGGGCCCGACGCAGCCUCUCACAGCAGCGGGGGGAAGCGCACACCCAGGAAUGAGCCCAUGUACAUGAAGCCGGGGACUGCCUAUGUGUACAGCAUCUACGGCAUGUAUCACUGCUUCAAUGUGUCCAGCAGAGGGGAUGGUGCGUGUGUGUUGGUGAGAGCUGCUGAGCCCCUGGAAGGCCUGGAGGUGAUGGUGGAGGGGCGGGGGAAGCGGAGAGGGGCCAGCGCACCCCCACUCAAACCCCACCAGCUGUGCAAUGGCCCUUCCAAGCUGUGUCAAGCCCUCGCACUCACAAAGGACUCGGCGAACAAGUUAGAUCUGUCUGUGUCGGAGGAGUUCUGGGUGGAGGAGGAGGAGGAAGAGCUGAAGAAGGAAGAGGCAGAGGAGGGAUGCGAUGGAGGAAGAGGAGGAGGAGCGGCACAGGAUAAGAUCGUGGUGAGUGCAAGGAUUGGUGUUGACUCUUAUGGCGAGGAAUGGGCGAAAAAGCCUCUCAGGUUCUAUAUUUUGGGGAACAAGUGUGUGAGUGUGAGGGACAAGGAGGUGGAGAAGGGAAUGCUGGGCUGAGAGAGAGAGAGAGAGAGAGAGAAAGAGAGAGUGUGUGUGUGUGUGUGUGUGUGUGUGUGUGUGUGUGUGUGUGUGUGUGUGUGUGUGUGUGUGUACUUGACAAAAAAGAGAAAGGAUGAUUAGGUAAUACGAGACCAAAAAAUGUGCAUACUUUUAAGACCACAAAAUACACUUACUGGACCCACUGAAAUGACCACCACCACCACCACCACAACAAUCUCACUCAAACCUCCUUUACACAUAUAUUUUGACACACACAUGCACACACACACACACACACACCUGCAAUAUAUAAUGUAAUCAAAUGUGUUUCAAAUGUGCAUAAGCAUUUAUUUAAUUAUUUUUUGUACUGAGAUAAGUCUAAUUUAGCUAAUGUAGUUUUGUACUGAGGUGAUAAAAACAGAAUACAAAAACAUCGUAAAUAAUUCCAUCCUUUGCUGUGGUAAUUUAAGGCAGUGUAUGGAAUGACCACCCUAUCAAUACCUUAUACACACCCUGCCAAGCCUCACAUCCUCCCUUACCCUACACUUUCCCAUCUAAAAUCACACCCCUCCUUCCCCUUCCCCUAUCCCGAUCCCCUGCUGUAAAUACCUCACUCCCUGCCAUUAUACCCAUUCACCCCCUGCUGUACUACUCUUUCUUACCCUGUCAUUACCCUACACACAUACCCUGUCAAGCCUCACAGCCUCUAUCACAUCCCCUCUUCCCCUGCAGUUCAUACCCCUCAUCCUACCAUUACUUGUCAUUCAUUUUCACUACAUGUCUAAACCAUCUCAGAGCACACCAGUCACGAAUAUGCACAGUGGAAAUGACCAAUAUAAGAGGUGUAUGUUAUGCGUUAAGGUGGGUUGGAGGGAGUAACAGUGUACAUAAAUGUUUUGGUGGGUGAAACAGUGAUGCAGUGUGUGGAGUGCUUGAAUGGGUGAUAUGUGGUACUCUUGAGAUAGUUUGGACAUGUGACGGGCUGUAUUACAAGGCAAACCCGGGAAGUUUCGGGUUCCUACAAAGGUCGGUUUAGGGGUCGUACUACAGGUCCAAUCCAAGAAGUUUCAGGUCCCUACAGAGGUAUUCAUCCCGAACUCUGUAGGGACCCGAAACUUCUUGAAUUGGACUUGUAGUACAGCUCCUAAACCGAUCUUUGUAGGGACUCAAAACUUUUUGGGUUUGACUUGUAGUACUGCCCGUGAUAAGAAUGAAUGACGCACUGUGGAAGCAAUCAAAGUGUGGGAGAGAUUUGGUGUGGAUGAAAUGGCAAAGUGAAUGUAUAGUGGAGUGGUUGAAUGAGAUAAUUUGAACAUACGAUAGAAGAGUGAAUGAUAAAAACUGAUAAAAUGAUAGAAAAAAAUUGAUGAGGAUGACUUUGUGUAGAGAGCGUAAGAGAUACCAGUGAAAUAAAUACAUAGAAAGGAUAAGCACUAGUGAGGGUUGGCAGACAGGGGAAUGAUGAGCCAAAGGGCGAUGCUGGAAUAGGGAAAGCUGGAGUUGUUUCCGCUGUGGCUACUCGAUUGUGAAAAGCUUCAGUGAGGGGAAAAGGCAUUGGAGUUGUAAAUAGAUAGAACAACCCAUGUUAACCCGGUAGCAGCGGGUAAAUACAUUAAAAAAAAAAGUGGAUGAUGGUAAGAUUAAACAUACCGUCAUUACCCUGAAUAUAACUUGCGUGUAAAAUAUAAAUACAUAAAAGAAAAAAAAGUUGAUGGUAAGAUUAACCUGAUAGUAUGGGGGAUCAUGUUUCUUAAUGGUCCCUCUAAGUGAGAAAAAUGAGAAAAAAUCAUCACUCACACAAACCAUUUCAUAAUAUAUAUCAAAGCAUUUGUGAUCAGAUUAUGUAUCAUCUAUUUUUUGGGGUUUAUAUCAUGGCACAAAUUUGGCCCGUCGCUGCUACACGGUAAAGCCACAGACUUGGCCCGUCGCUGCUACCGGGUUAAUAUUGAACAGCCACGGCGACAUCACACUUCACAACACUCAUUUGGCAGCAUUCCUUCUUCACCCUUUUUCUAAGAUUAAGAGGAUGAGCAUAAAUUAAACACCUAGUUAUAAUACUUGCAAACUUUUAAUAAUUGUACAAACAGGAAUACAAUGUUCGGAGGCUUUGGUAAGGCAGGCCAUUAUUCUGACACAGGAAUAGCAGCAUAUUCCUUAAAAAACACAGGCUAGAUAUGCUACACACACACACACACACACA